AUGGUGUCAAGAAAGUGGGUGGAAGCCACCAAUGAGUAUAAUGUGUGGCUUGAGACGAUGGGAGCUACCUUUAUCAAGAAAAUUCUUUGUGCUUUGUUUGACAAGCUUGGGGCAAUUGAAGCUAAGGUAGCGCAGAGAAUUGCAACAGGGAAUUUUAAGUCUGCAAAAGGUAACAAGGAUUUCUGGCAGAAACACUGUCAUGCAAUAGCCAUGGCCAAGCCUGAGCAAGGAGGUACAGACCUCACCAAGCAGUAUCACGCUUUUGCUGCCAUGUUUGUCAAACGUCUCAAGACUGGACCUGAGGGUGGUUUUCUCUUUAGGCUGUACAAUGGGUACACUCUCAGCCCACCAAUGCCAGAAGCCAUUGUCUAA